UAUGGCAGCUGGGACGGUUCUAAUGCUUUUGAUGUGUAUAGUCCUGUUGAAUCAAGGAUCAACGGCUCAGGACUGUGGAGAUGCACCUCUGAACACAAGGAUAGUGGGCGGCGAGAGUGCCACAGCUGGCUCGUGGCCCUGGCAGGUCAGCGUGCACUAUCUUCGGUCUCACAUCUGCGGAGGGACCCUCAUCAGUGACCAGUGGGUGCUCACCGCUGCCCACUGCAUCCUAACAAACCAAAUCGAUAAAUGGACUCUCUACUUCGGAAGAGAGACUCAAAGUGGCCCUAAUGUUAAUGAGGUGAGCCGCACUGUUUCCCAAGUCAUCAUCCAUCCCGACUACAACAACACAGAGCUAAACAAUGACGCUGCCCUGAUGAAGCUCAGCAGCACUGUAACUUUCAACAACUACAUCAGACCCAUCUGUCUGGCAAGUACUACAAGCGAGUUCUUCAACUCCACCCUCUGCUGGGCCACGGGAUGGGGAAAACUAUCGAAAAAUGAGCCUUUGCCAGCUACUAUGAAACUUCAGGAGGUGAAGAUCCCUGUCAUUGGAAAUAAGAAGUGCCGCUGCGAUUACCAAGAAGAAAUAGGCAUCACUAACCAAAUGAUUUGUGCUGGGGAAGAGAACAAAGGAGUGUGUCAGGGGGACUCCGGGGGACCUUUGCAGUGCAAACAAGGCUCAAAGUGGAUCCAGGCUGGGAUAGCCAGUUUCGGAAUACCUUGUGCCGUUGCGGGUUACCCUGAGGUCUAUGGCAGAGUGUCUGAGUUCCAGGGCUGGAUCAGACAACAAGUGGCAGGAGCCAGUGUUGGAUUUGUGACAUACACCUCCAAUGGCAACGACCAAGACAGCAGCUUUGUGUGCCCCUCAAAUGGAACUGCACCCUCCUUAUCAUCAACCAUGACAGUGCUGCUUGUGUUUGUUACAAGCCCAGUGACAGUGUUCCUGCAGCUCCAUUAGCUCAAUAGCAAAGUUGUGCAAAACAGCUUUGUUGAAUGCACUUAUUGUAAGUCGCUUUGGAAAGUCAGCUAAAUGAAAUGUAAUUUAAUGUGAUAUAACUACUUUGGUGUUUCUAUUUUGAAUUCCUUUUGAUAAAGCUCUAUAUUAUACUUACAUACAACCUCAUGGUUGCAGUAGAGUUUGUAUGAUCAAAUUGUCGCCUAGGACAAACUGUUUGAUAAAUCAAUGGGAAAUCCAACAUUGAGACACUUAGUGUAGUUGUGGUUUGACUUCUACAAUUCAUAGAGGCCACUUAAUGCCUGUAAUGCAUAGCCUGUUAAUAAAGUUACAUUUAUUAGAUCUAAUCCUUGAUGGUUUAGACCAGAGGUCUUCAACAGGGGGUCCGCGGAGGUACUGCAGGGGGGGUCGUGAAAUGUUUGGUUGAUUAGACGAUUUAUUUUUUCUAACCAAUUCUUUUCCACAUCUUUUAAAUGUCUUUAAAUACACAUUAACAUGCAUCCAACUUAUUGAGAGGCUGAUUUUACCCUCUGUCUGACAACCUCCAUCUGUCCAAGGUUAGAUAAGUUGUGUGCUACCCAUCAGGGUCCGACAUCUCACUGAUGUGGGAGUAUGUGUGGCAUCCACAGAUGGCUUGAGGAUUCACUGUUUCUUCUACAUGUAUGUUAAAAUAAAAAAAUGAAUCUGAAUUACUUUAA